AGCGGCGCCCGAGAAGCGCUGGCAGCGGCGAGGGGGAGCCCCAGCCCGGCAUAACCCGCUCCGCUGCCCGUCGGAGCAUCCCCCUGCCCUGCUGUGGGGGGAUGGAGGAGCAUGGGUACCCUUCCUAUUGCGCCCGCAGCCCCGCCUGGGAGGAACUGGAGUCCGGGAAGAUGGCCGGGGCCGAGUCGGGGAUGAGCGGCGCCGGGAUCCCGCAGCAGCCCCAGCCCCAACCCCCGGCGGCGGCGGCGGGGCCGGCGGACGAGUCGUCGGACAGCGAAGGGGAGCACGAGGGCCCCCAGAAACUCAUCCGGAAAGUGUCCACCUCGGGUCAGAUCCGUAGCAAGACAAGUAUAAAAGAAGGAUUACUACUGAAGCAAACCAGUUCUUUUCAGAGGUGGAAAAAGCGUUAUUUCAAACUUCGAGGUCGUACCCUUUACUAUGCUAAGGAUUCAAAGUCUCUAAUAUUUGAUGAAGUUGACCUGUCAGAUGCCAGCGUAGCUGAAUCGAGCACAAAGAAUGUCAACAACAGCUUCACGAUAAUCACUCCAUUUAGGAGGCUAAUAUUGUGUGCUGAGAACAGAAAAGAAAUGGAGGACUGGAUAAGCUCUCUGAAGUCUGUUCAGUCCAGAGAACACUAUGAGACCGCACAGUUUAAUGUGGAACAUUUCUCAGGGAUGCAUAACUGGUACGCCUGCUCCCAUGCCCGACCUACCUUCUGUAACGUGUGUAGAGAGAGCCUCUCUGGAGUCACUUCUCAUGGCCUAUCUUGUGAAGUGUGUAAGUUUAAAGCACAUAAAAGAUGUGCUGUCCGAGCUACAAAUAACUGCAAAUGGACUACAUUAGCCUCAAUUGGAAAGGACAUCAUUGAAGAUGAAGAUGGUAUAGCUAUGCCUCACCAGUGGUUAGAGGGUAAUCUGCCUGUCAGUGCCAAAUGCGCAGUCUGCGACAAGACUUGUGGCAGCGUUUUACGCCUGCAAGAUUGGAAGUGCCUUUGGUGUAAAGCUAUGGUUCACACUGCCUGUAAAGAUCUGUAUCCUCGCAAAUGUCCACUUGGCCAAUGUAAGGUAUCGAUCAUACCUCCAACAGCACUAAACAGUAUAGACUCUGAUGGUUUCUGGAAAGCCACAUGCCCGCCAUCCUGUGCCAGUCCUCUUUUAGUUUUUGUUAACUCAAAGAGUGGAGACAAUCAGGGAGUAAAGUUUCUCCGGCGAUUCAAACAGUCAUUAAAUCCAGCUCAGGUGUUCGAUUUAAUGAAUGGAGGACCUCACUUAGGCUUGCGGUUAUUUCAGAAGUUUGACAACUUCAGGAUUCUGGUGUGUGGUGGCGAUGGAAGCGUGGGUUGGGUCUUGUCGGAAAUCGAUAAGCUUAGCUUGCACAAACAGUGUCAGUUAGGAGUGUUACCCCUUGGUACUGGAAAUGACCUUGCUCGUGUCCUUGGUUGGGGUGGAUCCUGUGAUGAUGACACGCAGCUUCCUCAGAUUUUGGAGAAACUAGAACGAGCCAGCACAAAAAUGUUAGACAGGUGGAGUAUCAUGUCAUAUGAACUGAAAUUACCAGCAAAGCCUUCUAUUCUUCCAGUGACUGCAGAAGAGUCAGAGGAAUGCCAGAUAUCUGCUUAUGAGGACUCAGUUGCUGCACAUCUCGCAAAAAUUCUUAAUUCCGAUCAGCACUCAGUUGUCAUAUCAUCUGCCAAAAUAUUAUGUGAAACUGUAAAGGACUUCGUUGCCAAAAUAGGAAAGACUUACGAAAAACCAAUGGAAAAUGCAGAGGAGGCUGAUGCCAUGGCCAUUAAAUGCACCGAGUUAAAUGAGAAGCUAGACCUGCUGCUCCAGGCUCUUCACACAGAAGCCCAGGCUGCUCCCAUUCUCCCAGGCAUCACUCCCCCCAUUGUGGAAGAAGAGGGAGAAGAGUUUUCAAGUGAAGAAUCCUUGUCUGAAAGUAAAGAGCAGUUAGCAGACUGUGUCUCAAAGUCUCCCACCCAGAAACUCUUCAAACCAAGGGAACAGUUAAUGCUCCGGGCAAACAGCUUGAAGAAAGCCGUGAGGCAGAUCAUUGAGCAAGCAGAAAAAGUUGUGGAUGAGCAGAAUGCUCAUAGUGAGGAACAAGUGAACCAGUCUCCAGUAGAAUAUAGCAAAGAAUUAGAUGAAUCCAAAGAAGAGGAAAAAGAGGAAGAUACAAAGGAACUUGAAUCCCCAUCAAUUAAAACUGCACCAAGAUCUCCAGAUCGACGUACAAGUCGAGGUAUUCAUUCACAGACAGGCUCUUUCUCUGCAUCAGCUCUGGCUGCAAGCAAGGAAAACCUCCCAGUGCUUAACACGAGGAUUAUCUGCCCAGGUUUGAGGGCUGGUCUAGCUGCUUCUAUUGCAGGAAGUUCAAUUAUUAGCAAAAUGUUGCUAGCAAACAUCGAUCCAUUUGGUGCUACACCGUUUAUUGACCCGGACCCAGAUUCCCUGGAGGGAUAUUCAGAAAAAUGUGUCAUGAACAACUACUUUGGAAUUGGGUUAGACGCAAAAAUUUCACUAGAAUUUAAUAACAAGCGAGAAGAGCAUCCUGAAAAGUGCAGAAGUCGGACGAAAAACAUGAUGUGGUAUGGAGUUCUUGGCACAAAAGAGCUACUGCAGAGAACUUACAAGAACUUAGAACAAAAAGUUCAACUUGAGUGUGACGGACAAUACAUCCCUCUUCCAAGUCUGCAAGGCAUAGCUGUGCUAAACAUUCCCAGCUAUGCUGGUGGGACUAAUUUCUGGGGUGGAACCAAGGAAGAUGAUAUAUUUGGGGCUCCAUCAUUCGACGAUAAAAUCUUGGAAGUCGUUGCGGUAUUUGGCAGCAUGCAGAUGGCAGUUUCCAGAGUCAUCAAACUGCAGCACCACAGGAUAGCUCAGUGUCGGUCAGUAAAGAUCACCAUACUUGGUGAUGAAGGGGUUCCAGUGCAAGUCGAUGGAGAGGCAUGGAUCCAGCCCCCGGGAGUUAUUAAGAUCAUACAUAAAAACAGAGCUCAGAUGCUAACACGAGACAGAGCCUUUGAAAACACCCUGAAGUCUUGGGAAGACAAACAGAAGUAUGAUUCCUGCAAACCUGUCAUUCGAUCUCCCUUGUACCCUCAGCAGGCUGUUGAGUUGGCUACAGAAGAAGAAGUUGCACAGAUCCAGCUGUGCUCUCAAGCUGCAGAAGAACUCAUUACCAGGAUUUGUGAAGCAGCAAAAAUACACGGCCUGUUGGAGCAGGAGCUUGCUCAUGCUGUUAAUGCAUGUUCACAUGCAUUAAAUAAAGCCAACCCAAGGUUUCCUGAGAGCCUUACCAGAAACACUGCCAUGGAGAUAGCUGUCAAUGUGAAGGCCCUACAUAAUGAAACCGAGUCUCUGCUAGUAGGAAGAGUUCCUUUGCAGUUAGAAGCUCCCCAUGAAGAACUUUUGUCUGAUGCUUUGCACAAUGUGGAAAUUGAGUUGAGAAAACUUGCUGAGAUUCCAUGGCUUUAUUAUGUUUUUCAACCAAAUGACGAUGAGGAUCCCCCUCUGGAUUACGCUAAAAGAAACAACAGAAGCACAGUGUUUCGCAUAGUGCCAAAGUUUAAGAAGGAAAAGGUUCAGAAGCAUAAGACCAGCCCUCAGCCUGUUCAAAAAUGGGGCACAGAUGAAGUUGCUGCUUGGCUGGAUCUGCUCAGUUUGGGAGAGUACAAAGAAAUCUUCGUCAGCCAUGACAUCCGAGGCUCUGAGCUUUUACAUCUGGAAAGGCGAGAUCUUAAGGACCUGGGGAUAACGAAAGUGGGUCAUAUGAAGCGAAUUCUCCAGGGAAUUAAAGAGCUUGGCAAGAACACCCCUUUGUCUGAAGUUUAAUUACGCUGGUGCUCUCCCUCGAGAGAAGUGGGAAAGUUGCUGGAGAAGCAAAGCUGUGGCAGGCACUUUGCUGUCUUUGUAGUUUCCUCUGUGGAAGAGUAAGCAUCGGUGUUUGUACAGGCUAGUAUCCCUGAAUUCGUGUAUGGUGAAGAGCUUGCUGCAAGAGUACAAAAGAAUUUGUGCCAAAAAAAAAAGAAAAAAGGAAAAAAAAAAAAGGAAAAGGUGAUACAUUCUGUGAAGGUGUUUUCCUGGUGUGCAAACUUGGCCAGUUUGGAUAAGCACAUUUUGGUAAAUCGAUUGGUUUCUGGUGAACUGCACUGACUGGAAAAUAUAACCAAGAAGUGAUUGCUUUGCUUACAUGCAGCUCAGUAUGCCUCUUUUUAUGCUGCAGCAAGAUCCCACUGUACAGCACAAGGUUGUCUGGAUAUCCUUCCGAGGCAUAGCUCCAUAAAACCUCCUGUGCAGGAGACCAAGGGGCUUUGGGGGUUCAGAACACGUGUGAGCCGAGCAGUGCCGCAGGUACCCAGCGCUCGCUGGCCACGCGGAGAAGCAGGGAGAGAGAGAUACCUUGUGAUACCAUGAAUGCAAACUAUAAUGCAUGGUGUGCCUGCCUGAAUCGUCUGUUGUUCUGUUGCAUGACACAUCUGAUACUUUAAACACUUGAACAACUUUUAUAUCGGUUUGAAUGAGAUUUAAUUUAUUACUACUUGAGUGUCUUUUGGGGGUUUUGUUUUUGUUUUGUUUUGUUUUUUUCCAGUUUCAGGCACUUUUCUAUUCUUCAGUGUUGUGUUAUGCCUAAAAAUGUGUUCUACGGCAAAGGACGUGUGGGUGUGGAAUCUUAGCAUUUGUGCCAUAUUCAGCAGCUGAUAUUCAUUGUAUAUGAUUGAAGCACUGUACGGUUAGAUUUUUAAAAAUAUACCAUGUACAGAAGGUAUUUCAGGUAACUAACUUAUGAGUAUUUUUGAAAGACCGGUACCUCACAAAAAUAUCAAUUGGCUUCCUGCAUGGAAAAUGAUAGAGAAUUUUCUCAUGGUGCAUUUUAAGGUAGUUAUUCAGUUAUCUUAAACAUCUGUAGCAUAUUUGAACUUUUGGGCACUAAUGGUUUUAUUUAUUCUGUUGUUUGAGAAGCAGACUGAAAGGUGGGAAAAAAAUUACGGGAAAAUGGAUUUUAUUUAUCACACAUAAGACUUUUAAAAUGUAGCAGCUGAUUUGGUUUUUGUGGGGUAAGCUUUUACUCAUUACUAAUUAACUACUAAUUUUUAAAUGUCUCUAUAUGCAUUUCUUUACCAAGGCAUCCAUUUGUUCCUUGUCAGCACUCCUACAUUGAUAGUUCAUACAAAUGUAGAAACCAAAUUCUAGGGUUUUACACUCUGCAUGCAAAGAUGAGUCACAUGCAAGACAGUAAUCCACGAGUGUAAACAGGUUAAGAAAUUAAAACCAUCUUUGGGUAAAAAUUACAUUAGGCCUGAGUUUAUGCAGUUACUUACAGUUGACUUAAAUGAAACGUAGCUUUGGAAUUGAAUUUCCUGGUGGUUUUUCACAAAAAUAUUCAUCUACUAGAGAAAUAAUUUGCAUAUAACUGAAAAAAAACCCUAUUUACUUAAAUGUUUGAGAUGAGAUGAUAUUGCACCACCUGCCAGAAAACUUGCACAGCAUUGCUGUCUUUGUGCUGUUCCUAACAAUGUGUCAUUGCAGCGUGAGAAACACGACUGACUUAAUCAAGUAGCUUCAACAAGUUAAAUAGACAUUAUGAUAUCCUUCAUGUUUUCCUUGUAGGCAGCAGAUUGGUUUUUACAAAGCUCAUUUUCUCAGUUUAAAGGGGCCAAUGUCAAGUACUGCAUCCUGGUUUUCCCCUCCUUUUCUCGUGAGUGUGAUGGCAACCAUCCCUUGGAAAGUAGAUGGGACUCAUCCCUUGGAAAGGGAAAUAUCUUCUCCUCAUUAUUUUAUUGCAAAAAAAAGAGGAAAGUAUUCAAAAGGAGCAGAACAGACUUCAUUUAUAUCCAGUUAUAUAUGUGCUCUUGCUGCUGUAGUUUCAAAAGGCACCAUGCCACUCUAAGAGCUCUGUGGACAUGAUUAUUCUGGUAAACAAACAAAAGUAAAAGGCUCUGUUCCAUUAGAUCUUCCAUAAAAAAAACCCUGAAAUCCCUUGGCCAAGUGACACGAUCUCCGUGCUGUUGUAGGAGAAGCAAAUGCAAACAGUGGGAAGUUAGACAACCAGUGGAAAGAUUUAGUUUUUUAAUGUACUUGACAUUCACCCCUUUGGUGCUCUUCGUGUGGCACCUGCCGAGCCUUCGCAAGCUGUGUUUCCUUUUCUCUUUGCCUCUCCAUAAGCUGCGCUCCAUUUGAACAUGUGGCACUAUUCGAACGUGUCAAUGUUAUGGUAGUCUAUGUAGUUAAUUUUCCUGGUCAAUUCAAGGAUGUGAUACAUGGAAGAGCAUUUUUUGCUUUCCUGAUUAUAGGAUACACUCUCUUUACAACUCUCAGCCUUGCAAUAUGCAAUGCGUUAAGAUGGACUUUGGAACAGGAUCUCUUCGGGUUGCUGUAGAGGCCUGUGCUGAGUGUUUUAAGAAGUGGGAGCUGCUUUAUGGCAAGGAAAACAAGCAAAUGUUGUUUGUAAUGUAACUUUCUUAUGGAACUUGUCAAAUUACCUCAGUAUAGGACAACUGAUCAAUCAUCUUUGUAUAGUUUGGGGUUUUUUUAAAUGACCACCAAAGAAUUCAACUUUGAUUGUCCUAAGCAGAAGGGGGUUUUUUUAAAUGUACAAUUAAGGGAAAAGAAAAAAAGAGUAAACAUCAUUUAUGCUGUAUUUGUUUGAUGCCCAGAAGAGCAAAUUUUAUGCAACUCUAUGCCUUAGAAUAGUGUUGGUUAUCAAGUCCAAAUGUGUCUGAAAAGGAGGCUCAAAAUAUUUUACAGAGUUCUUCUGCUGAGAUCAUGGAUCGUAGCUGUGUUUAUUGAUGUGGCUUUUCUAAAGAAAGACUUUCGAACAAGUGUUACUAUCUCAUGAUUAUUGUAAUUGAGUAUUAAGUUUUUUUCCUUACUGCUGUAAAAGUCCCAGCUCCUAGAACUAAAGACUUACAUUGCUAAGUUUUUAAUGAACUGAAUUAUUUAUAAUUUAAUCUUGACGUUUAAAGUGCUUCAAAGCAUACAUCCCAGUGUUUUGACAAAAAUAGGUAAGCACAUCCUCUAAAAGUAUUUACAUUUUAGAAAACAAGUUAUCUCAGUAGAUCUUGUGGAGCCUGAUUCAACAUGCUAGAUUCAUAAAGACAAAAAAAAUAUCACUAUAUGAAGUUUACUGGAUUAAUUUUCCCCCUGGCGUAUUACACUUAAUUCCUGGGUCAGUCAACGUACCUUAAAGUCUGGAAGGAAUACAGAGCAAUGACAUUUGGUUUUGAAGUGGCUGGUAUUCAUAGAGAUGAAAUACCCUGCACCUCAGAAAGAAGAGGAGAAAUGCAUGUUUUAUAGUGGCAGUAGAUUUCUAGGUGCAUGUUUCAUGUUUCCAGUUCAUUGUAUUGAAUUGCUGUAGCAACCUCUGAUUUGAGUCAUGCAAGUAUUGCCUUUCUAAUGCCUAAUGCCUUCUUCUUAGAAACUGAAUGAGAUCAGGCAAAUUCAUGGGUUUAGAUGUUGGGGUUUUUUUACAAUACUUUAAAGAAAAAAAUUGUUCAAAAAUGGAAAUUGUUAUACAAUGGCAGUUGCAAAUUUUAUGAUACUUUUUAAUGUAUGUCCCCUUUACCACUAUUUUUUUCCUCUUGAACAUCUAUUUCUUUCAAAGAAAAAAAUUUUAAACUUGGAAGAAAAGUAAAAUGUAAAGCAUGUGAUCAAAAAGCCUCACAGACUACUUCAAUGUAGUGUUUCUAACUUGGAGACUGGAGCAAAUAUGCUUGGUCCUCCAAAUAAUAAAUAGAAACCAUCUUUCUCCCUUCAUCCCUGCCCAAAGCUAUUCAUACUGCAAUGUUGGGUAACUAUAAUUCAAACAAGGCAAAUUGAUUUUUUUCUAUACUAGUGCAUUUCAUGUUUUCCUGUUCUUUUUGUAGAGAAAUAGAUAACCUGCCGAUGUUGACUUUUUAAUUGAACUCAGCAAUGCUAAUUCACUUAAUGAAAAUUUCACUAUGCCUUGAUAACGAACAGAUCUUACUUGAAGUGUAGAAUUAUCAGUGUUUUUCUAUGUGUCUAAUCUUCCUCCCAGGAAGAGUGACAGGAGACCUUUUUCAUAUGUAAUGGAAAAUUAAUAUACAAAGCAAAUAUGAGAGGAUGUUCCACAAUCCUACUUUAAAAAAUAGAUUGAAAACUACGUAUUAUGGAUAACUCCACGAUGGACAUGUGAGACAAAAAGCCCCACGAUGAUUCCAUUUUGCUUGAUGCUUCCUAUUAAUGAUUACAUUACUGUUUACUACUGUUUCUCCAUUGCAUUCUCUGUGCCCCUAAGUAUUAAAUUCUUGCAUAUAAGUUUGAUGGCUCUGGUAACUAAUAAUUAGCAGUACAAACAGUCUUUGUGAAAGGUAACAUCACAAAUGAUGUGUAUUGUUGAGGACAACCAAGCUGGAGCAACAUAUUUAGCUUACAACCAGGAAAUCAUCUUGUCAUUCUUACAAGUGAGAGACACAGAAAAUUAUAUGAGUCAUUACAAAUUCAUUUUUGCACCCCAAUAACAUAAGUACCUCUCACCUGCAGCCUCCAGAGUGUUUCAUUUAUCCCACGGGCUCUCCCAUCUUUUUGCUUCUCUUUUCAAAGAUUGUAUAGUUUUGUGUUAAGAUUUUCACAUCAUCGAGGUUUGAUGCUGCUUAUUCUAACUACAAAGAUUUAGUGUCUGCAGGAACUGUACAAGGCUGUAUUGCUGUUUAAAGGAGGAGUUUUUUGAUGACUUGAGGAAGCUGAGGAGUUUGGACAAGACUUAAAAUAUCUCUGUUGCCUCUUCAGAGAUGAAUGGUAGCGUCAACAGGAUUGAUAAAGCAUCAUUUGGUAAUUAUUGAGAGAUAUUUACUGGUUGUAUAAAUUCUUGUAUUUAUGUAUAGAAUAUAGUGUGGAAAUUGAUCUUUUUUCUUAAAAAAAUUACAAAAACACUCUAGUUCUUUCCUACUACUGUUGCAUUAGGUUUAAUAGCUCUGUUAAGGGUUAGCUAAUGUACUUGAAAUGCUUGUUUCUGCCAUACAGAAGCCCAGUCUGUUUCUCAGAAGUGAUAUUCCAUUUGGAAGCUGUCUGGGGACUUCCAGGAGACUAUUCCUGUAGCAGUUAGAGCUAAUACCAAAAUUCACAGCAGCUUCUGUAGGCUUAAUAGUGGUUGUCCUCAAUAUUUUAACAGGAAAAAAAAAAACGUUUUGAAAGGUUGGUUUUGGGUAUGUUUUUAGUCUGUAGAAUUAAACUUAAUGCAUCAUCCCCUCAUCCUCUGUAAAUAAUAAAAUAUGAGCACUGUUAACACUUUGGAAAACUCACAAAAUAUUGUCAGACCUGAGAGCAUUGCUGGACAAAUAGUAAUGAAUUCAGCUUCAGUGAUUUGCCACCUACAGCCUCUAGAAGCAAUACACGGUAGAAUUGUAAACCUCUGUUUUAAAUAAUUGAAGACCUUGUCUCCCAGCUGACAGAAAUACUUUUCUUUUUAUAUUAGCUCUUUGAUGGGAUUUAGAGUUUAUAUAACUUAUUGCUUAUUGCUUAGUAAGAGCAGUCUGGAGCAUAGUUUAUGUUUAACACAGGUUACAUCUCUACUAAUGUUCUCACGCUGCUUCCCAGCUCCUGUGUCUGGAUGACUUCCCAGCUGCUUGGCAAGAUGAGACCCUUGCACAUCUGCCCCUGUUACCAUUCAGAAGAGCUGGAUGGGUAGGCUAGGAAAAAGCUGUAGGAUGCUCUAAGAGAUCUAGAUUGACCAGGGCUUCAGACUCCAAAGUCUAGCAUAGCCAUUACGGACUAAAAUCACAGAGUCAUUGCUGUUGGAAAGGACCUUUUUAAGAUCAUCGAGUCCAACCACUGUCCUCACACUGCCAGGCCCAUCACUAAACUGUAUCCCUCAACACCUUAUCUGUGUGUCUUUUGGAUAUCUCUAGGGAUGGUGACUCCAUCACCUCCCUGGGAGGCUCAUUCCAAGGUCUUCCUAAUGUCUAAUCUAAACCUUCUUUAAGUUACACCCCUGCAGUCCCUGCUGAAAGCUGUACCGAGCUUGCCAUACCAUUAACAGUUAACGUUAGCUACUGCAAUGCCCUUGGGAAGAGAGGUGUUUUGGCCAACACUACCAGCUGUGUAAGACUUUUAAAAAUAGAAGAAAUUAUGACAACUAUUAGUUGGCCAAGUGUGCAAGUGACUAAUAUAUCUUUUAUUCUGUAGAACAAUAUAUUUGUAGUAUGGUUGAAAGAUUAGUGUUAGGACUGAAAAUAUACUGAAAGUACAAGCAAUAUGGUACACAUUUCGAAGUACUUCAAUAUCUUUUUUUUCAAAUUCAUUGGAAUCAAUUAUUUUAGGAGUCUGUGUUUGAUCUAGGUAUAGCCAUGUUAUACUACAGCAUGUGACCUGGAAGAUGAAACCAGGAAGAAAUAACUAAACUAAAAGUAAAACUGAGUAAAUUGUGAUGGAAAUGGAGCGAAAGCCAAAACUAACCUGCUCCCUAGUGCCUCAAAUCCCUGCUUAUGAAUAUUUAAAGGAAAUUAGCAUUUUAAUUCCUACUUCUAUUAAACUAAAGUAUUAAUUGGAUAGAAAACAUUUUUGGUUCAUUAAUAACCUAACAAUGUCAUUAACAGGAAAAGUUAGGGAUAUGACUAUUUUUCUCUCUACUUCAGUUGAGGUAAGCUCUGUUUGGGACUCAUUCUCUUUGCAGUUACAGUCAAUUGUUAGAUGAAUGAGGUAGUUGAGGAAGGCCAUUCAAAGCUGCUUGGCCUUGCUUUUCAGGGACAAAUAGGGCCUGGGGGCUCUUAGUGAGAAUUUCAAGAAUAUAAGGUUUUCUCCUGGGAGAGUUUGUGAAGGUUUACAGUGAGCUCCCACAGGCAUGCGGAUGCUCAUUGGGGAAGUGUAUAAUGGUGCUGUCCUCUCACAAGAUAACCAUGUCUGUAUCUUGAAAUAGGCUUUUGGACUGUAUCUUUUAGCCAGAUUUCACUAGUUUUCCUACAGGCAUCUGUCACUUGUCCUGCCCAUACUUUCCAUCCUGGAUUUCUGUCUCCUUAAAACAUGCACUUGGAACAACUCAACCAUAUAUGACAAAAAUUACCAUUGUGAACCUGUCCUGAAAUAAUUCAUUUCAUUAGUUACUCCCUCACAUCACGUCCUCUGCAUCCUAAAAGGGCUGGAAUGUGGGACCUCCCUAGAACUGUCAGUUAUAUACCUAGUAGUUUAGUUUACUGAAGCUUUUGUGUUGAGAGGAUCAUCAAAGGGCAAGGUGAUGGUCACAGCAGAAGAUGAGACGUGCAUUAGGUGUGAUUUGUACAUGGAGUGCAACCCAUUGAGGAGGUUCUGAGAGGUGAAGAGGGCCUGAUCUCUGCAACAGAGAUCCUCUUCUCCUUUGUUGCUGUCAUACACAAAUCAUUUAAUGACGUCUAAUACCAGCAGAUUCCUGUCUUAAUUCACAGUGACAGCAAACGUAUCAGUACUGACAAAACUUCUCACUGUGAGAACUGCACGUCCAAAGCAGGUAUCUUCAAAUGCCAAGCACCGUGCAAUGAUAUGAACGCACAUGCAGUGUGUGUUCUGGCAUUUAAAAAAGAAAUUACCCAGUCCAACAUGAGUAAUUUCUCUCCUUAGCCAGGCUGGUCACCUGAACUAAGAUUCCAGUCAAGGACAGCUGUUAGUUGAUUCUGUAGUGACAUCCACUUGCAGGAAUGGAUGCUUAAGGUGCACAUGGAAGUGUUGCCAGGGUGCAACAUUGGCUAGUUCUCUGCGUAACUCACAUUUGGGUCUGAGCUUUUUGUAGCAAAAAGCUGAAACACGUGAUUUCCACCCAAUUGAAAAAGCAUAUUCAGUAGAAAAUGAGAACAUCUAACGUGAUUUGUACUCAUUUGGGUAAAAUUAGCUGUGCGCGCUCAGUAGUUUCUGCUCUCUGUUUCCCCUUGGCCCUGUUCACUCCACAGGAAAAUUCAUUGUCUUUGCAAACAUACAGAAUCUGUUGGGAUUUGGGCACAUGCCUAGAUUUAACAGCACUUCAGUCCCUGCUGGAGAUUGUUCAUGUAUUUUAACUUUUAGCAUUUGUGUGUGAGCCCACAAAAGGUUUGAGUAGGUAGAAACUCUUCCUCACGGGGUGAUCGUCAGACAUCAGACCGUUGGUAGACUUUUAAAUGCCACACCCAUGAUUGUUUUUCUCUUGCCAGUAUUUGUGUGUGCAUGUGUGUAUAUAUGUAGUGUUUAGUUUGCAGUUUGUGUGCACGUGCACACCCGUGUGUAUGUGUAUAUAUAUAAAUAUGUAUAUACAUACUCUGGUUUCGCCCGAUAUAAUGACGCCAACUUGUGUGUAGAGCCAAAAAACCUUCAAACUAUACAAUGCUUGAGAUGCUGCAUUGUUUUUAUUAUAAUAUUUUUUUAUAUCAGAUGAAUUGCAGGAUGUUUACAGAUGCUUAUUAAUAUUUAACUUAUACAAUGGAGUGGCAGGAUGUUUACGAUUGUUGUCAGCUAAAGAAUUGUAUAUGAUUCUGGGUGAAAUUUUGGCUUUGUUGAAAUCCUUGGCAAAACUCCCAUUGAUCUCACUGAGGCCAAGAUUAAACACCUCUGAAUCUAUUGUUUACUGGUUAUUUUCCUACUGUGAUCAUUUUUUUUUUCAAAUGAGGGAAAUCUAUUUAUUAUUUCCCAAUGUGAAAUCUGCAGUUGCUAUUUGGGGUUUUCUACAGAACCUGCAAACUACAACACAGGUGGGAAUAUAUUCCUCAAGAGAAUGUACAGAAUUUUUCAUUGCUGUGGUCCUUGAAUACAUAUAAGAAAAACACCUUCUAAAAUAACUUUUUGUAAGAUUUAAUACAGAAUCUUGUAAAAGCAGAUCACCUUUCAUACCUCUCUCCACAAAGAGGGCAUGCAGCGUGGCAAGUGAACACAGAAGAAUUAUUUAUUGAUGAAUAAAAAAGUAGUCCCAACUAUUUAGUAUACUUAAUGAUUUCAUACAGCUCACCUGGCUCUGCAGAUCUGGAAUGAGACUCUUGAAGUACCUUAUCCAAAAGUACCUUAUCAAAAAAAAAGAAGUUAUAUAGUGCAUGUCUUAUAAACUUCUCGCCAAGGCUUGGAGGUGUCUCCAGAACCAGUCUGUAGAAUGACUUUUCUUAAUAUUUCACAGAUUAAUAAAAUCACAAAAAUAUUAAGUGGUAAGGAAAAUCAGACAACUGCUUGACAUUAGAAAAGUCACUUGUGUAGAGACAGAAGGAUCAGUUCUUGAAUAGCACCAGGGAGGGAAAAAUACCUUAAUGCAGCGCUUCCAAAAUCCCUUUUAAGGGUAUCUUCUAAUUGUGUAUGCUCUAAGUAUGUUCUUCCUGUAAAGACAUCAAGCUGUGAAACAGCUUAAAAUAGAUGCAUCUUUAUUUCUUCACCUAAGACUAAAAAGAUCAUUUUCAAACAGGAGCUAUCGUGCACUUUGAAAUACAUGUGUUCGGAACAGGUGAGUUUGUAUUCAUCACAGACAGUCAUCCCAGGGAUACAGUACAAUUUGUAAAAUGAGGUAGUUAGGCCCAUGUUAUCAAAAGCUGAAGUAGCAGCAAGCCAGCUGUAUUCCCUACUGAGGCUCUUUCUGAGCUCUUUCUGUCUGUGCAGAAGGCCCACCACUCCCGGGAGUCUUUUGCUGUAAUUUUGGUUUAGGAAAGGAUCACACUCGGAUUCCUACUCCUUGCUUUGCUAAUAAGGAAGGAAGUAUGCACCUUGGUUGAACUUUGCAGUUUGUUGGCUAUAGAAACAGACCUCAAAAGAACAAACAGUCGAGGCAGUUGGUAGGCUCAUGGAGGAAAUGCAGGGCGCUGCCUGGGCUCAGUAGUCAGAUAAUGUGGAUCUGACCGCAGAUGUGGGGGGAAAAAGGCUCCUGUUGUGCUCCCACUGAGGCCAGUGGCAAAACUCCGCGGUUAUGAGUGGGAGCAGAUGGGUGCCCAAGCGAGCGGACAAAUUUCCUUUUGCAUGUUGGUUGUCUUUCCGUAAUUCUAAUUGGGUCUGGAGUUCAGGACACAACACUACUUGUCUGAAAGGCCAGGAGGAGUAGAGGAUAUGUCAGGAAAUGAGGAAGAAGUGUCUGGAGGUCUGGAUUCUACCUUUAGUUUCCUGAUGUGGAGCUGGUGCAAGACUGGGGACAACUCAGUUAACCUUUGUGUGCCUCACUUUUUCUGCCCGUGGGAUUAAGGAUGCUUCUCACCCUUGUACAGCCCCCCUUCAGACCUAUAGGAGAGCAGUGCUAUAGAAGCGGCUAAGUUUUACUGACACUAUUACACGUAGUAUAAAUAAAUGACUUUUGUCAUUAACACUGUGGAAAUUGCUUUUCCUAGUUUCAGUUCUGACUAUUUCAUGACCUACGACGUUCUGGGUGGCCCGUUUUGAAGCUUAGCGAUCGCUCUAGUACUUACAAUUACACACAUAGCAGGCUCUGUUUGCUGCAGAAAAGAGUAAAACAUUAAAACUGCCUGACGAAACUUGCCAAUGAAGUAUAUCUAACAGAGCAGGGGUGUAACUUUUGGCUUUAUUGACUUGUAAUGACGGUAAGGAACAGUGAAUUUUGUUUGUUUACAUACUGUUUACAAUGGCACAGUUUUAUUUUUAAUAUAUAAAAAACAAUUGAGGUAUUUAUUGCAUAUACUAUUUUAAAGAUGUUUUAUGUGUUUUCACCUUUGGAAUAUAUUGUUACAUUUCCUUGUACAGAUAAUUUGGGUGGCUUUGUUAAUAUAGGUAGUAAUUUUUAUGACUACUAAGUGACCAGUUUUCUGUGCCUUUUUAUUGUUGGAUGCAUGAUUACAUAUUUAUUAUUGUAUGGAAGUCACUGAGAUGUGUAUUUUUGUAUUCUGCUGGAAGCAAUGGUUGAUUUUAUUGUACAUGAUAAGAGAUGCCUUCCAUAAUGGGCGCUCGUAUGAGAUCUUCCUUCUCAAAUAAACAGAAUGCAUUCAAUGUA